UUACUUAGCCUAAUGAGUCCGGAUCAGCACCUCACAUGGGGAUGGACAUGAUCGUCUUCAAUUCUUUAUCCACUAAUUUUCGUCCAAUUCUUUACUUAUGCGUUUAACAACACGUGUCUUCUUAUAAUUCAAUGGUUGUGGAUCGAAUCCUUUGAAUCAAAGAAUUCAAACCCCCAAAAUCAAACAACCAAAUUCGAUCAAGUAAACAUUCGGACCUGGUCCGAUUGUGUCCAAUCAAUCGGGAUUUGACCCAUGAGUUUUAGCCCGGAUCUUGCCUACGUCUUGGCAUUUCCUCUUCAGUUUUUUCACUGAUUAAUGGUCUCCAGGGUUUUUAUGUUUGGCAGCUAGAGGUUUUGAGACUUCUGAAAGCAAGAAUUAUCUGUCUUUGUGAUCUGUCUCUUGCUAUGGAUCCAGAAGCCGCACGGAAUGCCCGAGAAUCGCUGGAGCUGGCAUUUCAUAUGUCAAACAUUCUUGAGACAGGGCUUGAUCGCCACACUCUCUCCAUCCUCAUUACCCUAUGUGACAUGGGCUUGAAUCCGGAGGCCCUCGCUGCACUUGUUAAGGAGCUCCGUAGGGAACCCUCUUCGUCUCCUUCCACAGCCACAAACCCAUCAUCAGUUCCUUGAACAGGAGCUUUUCUCCACACUCUGGUGAGACUGCUGUGAUUUUUAUGGAUAAAAAAUUUGUUCUUGCAUAUUCAACUUCUGGCUAUGAAUGGAGUGCUCAGGAAUCAAAAGCAAGAGGAGUGCUCGCUUGUAGUAGGCCAAGCAGUGAGGGCUCACCACCGUCAUCAUCUGGACUGAUUGUGAACAAUUGUUGCAUCUGGAAGGACUAAUGGCCGUGGAGCUUGUUUUCCAUUUUGUUAGAUAUUUUUGAAGUUUGUGAACGCUUUCAGCCAUUGUAGUCCCAGCAAGCUGUCAGGGACUCAGGGCAAGGAUUGGUAAAUCUAAGGAUAUUGUAGACAUUGACGAUGCUUUUCCUAGUAGUAUCCAAAAAAAAAAAAAUCGUGGGAAUGGUCAUGCAGUGUUCUCCACUAAGUCAAGUGUUUCUUCAUCCGCAGAUAUCUUUAAUCGUUCGGCAGCUUUUUCAACCUACAAUGUAUCAAAGAUGAACUCUUGAUAAAAUGAAACUUUGUUCCUUAA